AGACUAUCCACACAUGGAUCUGCCAUGUGACGUCACCGUCGUCUCUGCGUAUAUGCGGAAGUGAUCAAAGGUCGUGGAUGCAUGAUGGAGGUGGGGAGAAAAUUGCUGAACUCGGUGGAUAAAUGUGUGGACGAGGCUCUGGAGGGCUUGGUCAGGAGUAACGCGAGUCUAGUGCUGUUGCGGGGACACAGAGUUGUGCUCCGGUCUGAUCUGGAAAACAUCAGGGGAAAGGUAGCACUUCUCUCAGGAGGAGGAUCUGGACAUGAACCCGCACAUGCAGGUUACAUUGGCAUGGGAAUGCUGUCAGGGGCUGUGGCGGGAGCAGUAUUUGCUUCCCCUCCUCCCGGUAGUAUCCUGGCUGCCAUUCAGGCUCUGUGGAGGCGAGGUGCUUCAGGAGUGCUGCUUGUGGUAAAGAACUACACAGGUGACCGCUUAAACUUUGGCAUAGCUGCAGAGCAGGCCCGGUCACAGGGCAUCCAGGUGGACAUGGUGAUUGUGGCAGAUGACUGUGCUUUUACUCAGCCCAGCAAGGCCGGCAGGAGAGGCUUGUGUGGAACCGUGUUAGUUCAUAAGCUAGCUGGAGCACUCGCAGAAGAAGGCUGCCCAUUGGACACAAUUGUAGCCCGAGUGAAUGAAGCGAUAAAAAAUAUUGGUACACUGGGUGUAAGUCUGUCUCCAUGCAGUGUACCUGGAUGCCUUCCAUCCUUCCAGCUUCCACUAGGAGAGAUGGAGAUGGGCCUUGGGAUCCAUGGAGAACCAGGUAUUUGGAGAUCAAAAGUGGCCUCUGCUAAUGAAGUUGUGAAAACUAUGAUCAGUCACAUGACUGAUUCCUACAACAAAUCACAUCUGCCCCUGAAAUCAGGUGACAGCGUUGUGCUAUCUGUGAAUAAUCUUGGUGCUCUCUCGUGUUUGGAAAUAGCUGUGGUCACGAAAGCAGCGGUACACUUCUUAGAGGAGCAUGGUGUACUCAUUGUCAGGGUGAUGUCAGGAUCGUUUAUGACAUCAUUGGAGAUGGCGGGAAUGUCUCUUACCUUAUUAAAGGUUGAUGAGGAGAUUCUCAGACAGUUUGAUGCUAAAACAACAGCCCCGGCCUGGCCCAAUCUAAGCACUGUAUCUGUGAGUGGGAAAAAUUUGUUUAUGGAACCUGUAGAAAAAUCUGCUGCACCUGCAGAUAAAGGGAAUGAAGGUUCACUUGUAUCCAGUAUUCGGCUCGUUUUGGAGUCUGUGUGCAGAAUCCUUCUGCAGUAUCAAGAUGAACUCAAUGCUUUGGACCGUGCAGCAGGGGAUGGAGAUUGUGGGAACACACAUGCCCGUGCAGCUAAUGCCAUUCAGGAGUGGCUUUCCAUUAGCAGCAUUCCUGUGAAUGCUGGGCAGCUUUUGGCAAAUCUUGCUCUCCUGGUUCAAGAACGGAUGGGUGGCUCAUCAGGGGCAUUAUAUAGCCUGUUUUUAUCCGCUGCUGUCCCUCAUCUCGCAGAGAGCUGUGAUGGUACUGCCUGGGCCAAAGCAUUGCAUGCCGGGACCGAGGCCAUGAAGAGGUAUGGAGGUGCUGAAGUAGGAGACAGGACCAUGCUUGAUGCCCUGUGCCCUGCUGUAGAAGAAUUGAAGAAACUUUCCACAGCACCUCCUGGUGGUCAUAUGGAUAUACUGCAAGCCGCAGUGGAUAAAGCAGAUUUGGGAGCAGAAUCUACCUGCAAUCUCACUGCAAGAGCUGGACGUGCCAGUUACAUUGCAUCUGAACAUUUGACCCAGCCUGAUCCUGGUGCAACGGCAAUAGCCAUUAUUUUGAAGGCAAUACUAAAUGCUUUGAAGGGCGACAGGGAAAGAAGCAAAAGCUAACCGUAUCAUUGGUUUUACUUGAUGUCACUUAUUGUAGACUAUUGAUGGGGCUGCUAAACAAGUAAAUUAAUCAAUACUAAAAUUAAACAACACUAAAAACUGCCUAAUAGCAAACAGUGUUAAAUGAUAAAGGUCUGCAAACCGAAUCGUAUUAGUUUACUACUACAAGCAAUUUCUCUACUGGAUUUAUUGCACAUUAUAAGAUGUUUUUUAUGUUUUAAAGGCACUAAAUAGAGACUUUGAAUGCAAUAUAUGUUAUAUACAUAUAAUCUAUAGUAAACGUAAACACUUCUCCUGAAAUUUCAGUUUAAUUUUUUUA